UGUUUACGGGAGGCUCCCAAGCCCGAGGCCAGGAAGGUGUCGCGCUGGGAGGACCUCGGGCUCUCACUGGGUCAGCGUCUUCCAGUCGCUCAGCUCUCAUCGCGUCUCUGACCCACAGCCGAUCUCUGGCCGGAGCUCUCGGAUUCUCAAAAUGUCUGCUCAGAAGGCGAGUCCUCUGCGCCCUGACCCCACGGGACCCAACAACAGGAAGAUCUUUAUUUAAGAGCAUCCUUUUUGUCUGCUUAUAAAAGGAACACACCCCAUCAGCAGUUUCUUCCAAGAACGGGCUCACUGAGACAGAGGCCAAGUGAGCAGACAGCCGCAGACUUGAGGGAAGCUGUGAACAUCUCAACUCCAAGAAUGAGAGUUGCCUGUGCGCACAUAGGAAAAAGCAGGAACUGGUGCUCAUACGUGGUGACCCGCACCAUCUCGUGCCACGUGCAGAAUGGCACCUACCUGCAGCGCGUGCUGCAGAAUUGCCCCUGGCCCAUGAGCUGCCCUGGGAACAGCUACAGAACCGUGGUGAGACCCGCAUACAAGGUGAUGUACAAGACAGUGACAGCCCGCGAGUGGAGGUGCUGCCCUGGGCGCUCGGGGUCGAGCUGCGAGGAAGUUGUAGGCUCCUCUGGCUUCGUGGAGCCCAGGUGGUCGGGCAACACCAUGUGGCGGAUGGCACUUCGGCCCACAGCCCUGUCAGGUUGUCUCAACUGCAGCAAAGUGUCGGAGCUGACGGAGAGGCUGAAGGUUCUAGAAGCCAAGGUGGCGGUGCUGACUGUCACUGAGCAGGCAGUGCCCCCGACCCCAGCUGCCCCUGAGGACCCUGCCCCACUCUGGGGUUCCCCAGCUGCCCAGGGCAGCCCCGGGGAUGGAGGCCUCCAAGGGCUACCAGGAACCAGAGAAAACGUGAGGGCCCCUCUGCUCCCCCGAGAUGAUCGAGUUGGUGCCCGGGGGCUUCCUGGGCCCUCUGGCCCCAAGGGAGACCCUGGCAGCCGGGGCCCAAUGGGGAUGAGAGGCCUGCCAGGUCCGCAGGGCCCCCCAGGGAUCCCUGGCCAGGCUGGAGCUGUGGGCACCCCUGGAGAGAGGGGACCUCCAGGCCCCCCAGGGCCUCCUGGCCCCCCAGCCCCACUUGGACCACCCUACGCCCGGAUCUCCCAGCAUGGGGACCCAUUUCUGUCCAACACCUUCACUGAGACCAGCAGCUACUGGCCCCAGGGACCGACUGGGCCCCCAGGCCCACCAGGACCCAUGGGUCCUCCUGGACCUCCUGGUCCCAUGGGCAUCCCUGGGAAUCCUGGACAUAUAGGACCCCCAGGCCCCACUGGACCCAAAGGAAUCUCCGGCCACCCAGGAGAGAAGGGCGAGAGAGGACUGCGUGGGGAGCCUGGCCCCCAGGGCUCCAUGGGGCAGCAGGGAGAACCUGGCCCUAAAGGAGACCCUGGUGAGAAGAGCCACUGGAACCAGAGGGGUCAGGGGCAGACCCUGCCGGCACGGGCACCCCCAGCCUCUUGCGGGGCAAGAGGGGAGGACACGCCACCAGCUACCGGAUCGUGGCCCCCAGGAGCCGAAACGAGAGAGACUGAGUGUGGUGGUGGCCCCUUGGUGAGGGCCAGGCCAGGCUUCCCUUCCCAGCCUGGACUUGGCCAGCUGCCUCCAAGGUCCGCCAUCCGUAUUUAUUAAUAUCCUCAGGGUCCCUUCUGCCACCUAGGCCUUUGGGGUGGGCAUGUCUUGGUCCUGGCAGCCCGUGCGCAUCUGCCUCCUAUGAGGCUGAGCCGGGACUGGAGCCUGAGAGGGAGGUGUGGUCCAGGCAAGAGGUGAGGCUUUGCUCAGGGCCGUGGGCCUCAGUUUCCCUCUGUGAAAUGGGGUGAUGCAGGCCUGUGGGGAGGGGCGGCAGGUUUGGAGCUUCUGUCUUCUCAUCAACCGCCUGGCCAUCCAGGCCCCAAGCAACUGAGGGAUUUGGAAGCUGGGGCUCUGCCCGGCCCUCAGCACACCCAGGGAUGAUGAGAGUGGGCAGUCUCACCUCCCCACUCCCCAGCCAAACCUGGGGGACCCACCUGUACCCCUCGUCUCCUUGUUUUCUGGUGCUGGGUUCCUGACCCUGAGGUCAAGCUACCUGAUCUGACUGGAUAUUCAGGGCUCCUUGUCUCAGUUCUGACCCCUGAACCCUCAGUCCUUCUCAUGUCCCAGGCGGAGGGGGCAUGGAGAGGGAGGGGCCACCUGCUCCCACAACGGCUUGUGACAGACACCAGGAGGUAGAUGUGUAUUGGCCAAUAAAGGCCCCCAGCCUCACUGCC